AUGGGCAAAAUUCGACAAUUGGGGAGUAAUAACAGGGGAUUCGUAAGAGGGUGCUGCGGUCCGCUAUUUUCUCGCUUUUCAGCUCGUUGGGGCUUAGCUCCAUUAGAGCUUUUAAAAUUACAAUAUUUUAAUGAACCUCUCAAACAUGAUUAAGUAUGUGAAAGUAAAACAAAUCUUCGCUUUUUUGGUGAGUCGUCUUAUAAAAAAUGUUGGCUUUAUUUUGGCUGUGUACAUCAACACGCAGGUGAUCGAUUCUUUGUCAUCUGGCCUCAAAAUAUAAUUAAUUAACAUCAAUAUGUGCACAUUUGUAUUAUGAUUGGCACUGAGGCUUAGAACAAAAACGAUUGUGUAAAGGGUGUCGGUGAGCAAAGCCUCAAUGAUUUGGUUAUUGUACCAUAACUUAAAAUGCUUCUGCUAAUAUUCUGUCAUGGUGCCAGCUCUGGAGCUGUACAAUUCACCUCAGAAAACUUUGACAAAACUAUAGCCAGCACAGAGCUGGUGUUUGUCAACUUCUAUGCAGACUGGUGUCACUUCAGCAACAUGCUCUCCCCUGUGUGGGACAAGGCGGCCGACCUGGUGACUGAGAAGCUCGGCUCAGACCGAGUGGUACUCGGCAAGGUGGACUGUGACCAGCAGGACUCGAUCGCCUCCCGGUUCCACAUCAGCAAGUACCCGACGCUGAAGCUGCUGCGGAACGGCCACCCGGCCAAGCGUGAGUACCGCGGCCAGCGCAGCGCCGAGGCGUUCCUCACCUUCCUGGAGGAGGAGCUGCGGGACCCGGUCAAGGUCAUCAACUCGACAGAUGACAUCAAACAGGAGAAGAAGGGUCAGGUGAUUGGCUACUUCGACAGCCGCGAGUCGACCAACUACCGCUCGUUCGAGAAGAUGGCCGCCGCGCUGAAGGACGAGUGCCACGUUCUGGCUGGGUUUGGAGACCAGUUCCGGCACAUGCGGCCGGCCGGCGAGGACGCUGUCAUGGUCAGAAAAGCGGGCUCGACUGAGGACAUCACCCACCCGGCCCUGGAUAUCAUGAACACACAGAAACUGACCGACUGGGCGCAGCGGGCCUGUGUACCGUUGGUACGGGAGAUCACGUUCAGCAAUGCCGAGGAGCUGACUGAGGAGCGCCUGCCGUUCAUGAUUCUCUUCCACAAGCCGGACGACACGGAAACUCCGCAGCGGUACGCCAAGGUGGUGGAGCAGCAGCUCUUCUCGGAAAAAGAGGGCAUCAAUUUUCUGACUGCCGACGGACUGCAGUUUGCCCACCCUCUGCAUCAUCUGGGGAAGAGCAAGGACGACCUGCCGCUCAUCGCCAUCGACAGCUUUCGGCAUAUGUACGUCUUCCCCGAUAUCAAGGAUAUGGAGACUCCCGGUAAGCUGAAGCAGUUCAUCGACGACCUCCACUCGGGUAAACUGCACCGCGAGUUCCACUACGGGCCGCAGACGCCGGCACCGGCCGUACCGGGCACCCAUCCGACCACGCCGCCGCCCACCUCACCACCCGAGUCGGUCUUUAAGAAGCUGGGCCCGUCACAGAACCGCUACAGUCUACUGAAGGACGAGCUGUGAUCGCAGAGCGCGACUAAUCUAGGGAGCGGGUUUUUGGACAGGACUAGUCGAACCGUCGGCAGGUGGUGUGAAAUGCGUGAAACGCAAGAGGCUGGUAUAUAUCGGUUAACGGGAUACAGUAUUCGAUCGGCUGAGGUGAAUAACUAGACGACGUGCUUGGAGAAUGGAGAUGCAUCUUGUUUUCCCUCAAAGCUGUAUUGGAGUCUUGGAGUCACGAUGGCAAUUUAUUUGGAUGUGACUUGUGAUGAUGCCGAAUAACUUAUAUGAGCUUGGAUUCCUGGUCGUAACCCGACGGCCUAUCAAUGGAGUCCCCGGUACGGAUCAUACCGCCGCGUUUUGAACGAGCACGAGUGCUUAGAUUAGUGAGUGAGUUGGAGUGACAACUGCCAGCGGGCCUCUGUUUGGCCCGCGCUCUAACUGAGCUGCACCGCUCUGUGUGGGGUGCCGGGCGGGUCUGUUGACGCACAUUUGGGGUGUGAUGGGAUGCUACUGUGUCUGCUGAGUUGUGUGACUUCUCUUGGCCUGAGCUCUUUGGUGGCGGGAGUUUUCUGCACUGCUGGGGGAAGUUUCCUAUAAUUGCUGUGGUUGAGUUUUGUUCCAUGGCUCCUUGUCUACAGCCGGAUUCAAAUCGAAGCAUCAAAUCGAUGAUAAAUUGCUGUGCGGAAAGCAGAAGCGGAUAUAAAUUACAUUGUAUAUUUAUCAUAAAUAUAUUGGAUCAAUAUUUAUAUGCGGACAUUUUAUAAGCAAAAAUCGUUUGUGCAUGCUAUUUUUGUACGAUGUAACCACAUCUCUGCUGUACCCAAUCUCUUCUAUCCUUGCUAAAUGGACCGUCUCCUCACUGCUGGCCGAUGAAAGGCGACUGGUGGCGGCGGCGUCAUUCACUCCGGCUCCGCUCCUGCCGAGCACGGCUAUUGAACGGGCCGGCACCGCCCUGGGUGCGCUGCCGUGGCGUUCAAAGGCGCUGUGUAGGCGUGCCUGGCGCGGUGGCGGCGUGAGAUCUGUGCAGGCGCCCAAUGCCCGGCUAAUACAGGUGGUCGCUUUAACCGUGCCGUUCGGCGGUAUCUCGUGCUGCCGCGAGUUGAAAGCGCGCUCAGCAACUAAGGUUACAAUAUCAUUUGAGCCUAAUUGUUUCCAUCGCUCUUCUAUCCUACCGCAAAUUAAUAUGAGAAAACCUUUCAUAUUCGUUUCGCCAACAAAAACCUUUUAACCAAACCGACCACUCCUUUCGUGCGUACUUUUCCAUGCGUGAUUUCCUCUCUGGGUCAAUGCCAGCCGAUUUAGUUCAGGCUUUCGCACCCGCCGCCCUUCCUCACGGCAUACCUCCGGAUUAACCCCGUUUUGGGUGACACCUGCCCUCCGUGGCUCAUGGCCGCACGCUGACCCGGCCGACUGCUUGCUCCGCGGGCAGUGAGCGUGAAACCGACCCGUUUAUAAAAGAGGACGACGCUUCGAAAGCUUCGUUAGGAGUGAUAUAGCGCAUAGGCGCCGCGCUUUUCCCAAAGGUAUUGUUAUCAGUUCCGUGCACAGUCGUUUUAUGGCCCAAUGUGAUGUUUGCACUGUGUUACUUUAGAAGGUGGAAGGUUUGAAUUUGUUUAUCGAGGGUCCAUGUGUUUGUUUUUGUUGUGUUGAUCAUGCGGUUAAUUUGACCUACUGGGAUCCCAAUCAAAUAGAAAUACAAUCAUUUCCA